ACCUUUUGGUAACUUAAGUGUUUCUCAUAGCACUUGGACAAUGAUUAUUACUGUAUAUAACUUACCCCCUUGGAUGUGCAUGAAGCAACCCUAUUGCUACUUGUCUUUGUUGAUACCUGGUCCUAAAGCCCCUGGAAAUGAUAUCGACGUGUACUUAGAACCAUUGAUAGAUGAGUUGCGAGAAUUAUGGUAUUAUGGAGUUGAUACAUUUGAUGCUUCAAGAAAAGAGAACUUUUGUAUGCCAGCAGCACUCUUAUGGACUAUCAAUGAUUUUCCAGCUUAUGCAAACUUGUCUGGAUGGAGCACAAAGAGAGUUUUGGCUUGUCCUUCAUGCAACAAAGACACUCCAUCUGCUCGAUUCAAGUAUGGUCGUAAGUUUUCUUACAUGGGUGCUUGGAGGUUUUUAGCAUCUAAUCAUAAGUGGCGGAGUAAUAAACGUGAUUUCAAUGGAGAAGUUGAAAGAAGACCUGCUCCAAAUAUUCUAUCGGGAGAUGACGCCGUACGCCAACUGCUUGCUUUGGGAGACAUGAAAUUUGGUAAGACCCAGAAGAAAAGCAAGUACGAAAAAAGUGAAGGCAUACAUAACUGGAGAAAAAAAGCAUUUUUUUAGGCUUCCUUAUUGGAAAAAUAAUUUAAUACGCCAUAAUUUGGAUGUGAUGCAUAUUGAAAAAAAUGUGUGCGAUAAUAUUAUUGGGACAUUACUAGAUAUUGAAGGAAAAACAAAAGAUAAUUUGAAUGCUCGUCGCGAUUUGAAGGAAAUGGGUAUAAGAAGAGAUUUACAUCCAACUUAUAGAGAUGGAAGAUGGUAUUACCCAGCAGCAUGUUAUUCUUUAUCACGAGAUGAGAAAUCUAAAGUAUGCAAGUUCUUGAAAGUGGUUAAGGUUCCAAAUGGUUAUUCUUCCAAUAUAUCACGGUGGGUGAAGUCAGAGGAUUGUAAAAUUAAUGGAUUAAAGAGUCAUGAUUCACAUAUUUUAUUGGAACAACUACUUCCUCUUGCAAUUCGUGGAGUCGUGCCAAGCAAUGUCUAUGAUGCUAUCACCGAGUUAAGUAUUUUUUUCAAAGAAUUGUGUUCGAAAACACUAAGGGUUGAUGUGUUGGAUCAACUUGCAGCUCAAAUUCCAAUAACACUGAGCAAAUUAGAAAAGAUAUUUCUACCACCAUUUUUUGACGUUAUGGUUCAUUUAGUCAUUCAUCUUCCAAGAGAGGCUAAGCUUGGCGGACCUGUACAAAAUAGGUGGAUGUAUCCUAUUGAGAGAUUUUUACGCAUAUUGAAAUGUUAUGUUCAUAAUAGAAAUCAUCCGGAAGGGUGUAUGGCAGAAGGGUAUAUUAUUGAAGAAUGUAUAAUACUUUGCUCAAGGUAUUUACAUGGAAGUGCAAAAUAGCAUAAUCGAAUGGACAAGAAUCAUGAAGUUGAUCAUGCUGAGAAAUAUAAUGGAUUAUCAGUAUUUGAACAAAAGAGUUCUCCUUUAUUAAGAGAUACAUCAAGAAAUCUUGAAGAAUCUGAGCUAAAACAAGCUCAUCUUUAUGUCUUGAGAAAUUGUGAAGAAUUUCAACCAUUUCUACGGUAUGUUUUGUUAGCUUUCCCUCAUCUCUUACCAUUAUUUUUGAAGUUACCUCGAACUAAAAAUACAUUAAUGAUUUUUUUUUUUAACAUUGUUCUAAGUGAGCAUGUUGUGCAUUUGCCAAAAUAGAUUUCUCAUUUAUCUGAAUCAUGUACUAUUCUUUCCAUGAAAAAUCCUGAUUCUUUAGUUUUUGGUAGUAAAGUCUCAUUACCUAACAUCAUC